AUGUCGUCGAAUACUGAAAACCCUGCUGCAACCACAUCGUCCACGUCAUCAGAGAAGAAGAUGAUAACCCUGCAGAGCGCCGAUGGAGAGCCUUUUGAGAUUGAAGAGGUGGUGGCCCUUGAAUCGCAGACGAUCAAGCACAUGGUGGAGGAUGACUGCGCAGAGAAUGCCAUCCCUCUGCCGAAUGUGAAAGGUGCCAUUCUAGCCAAGGUUAUCGAGUACUGCAAGAAGCACGUAGAGGACGCCGGCGAGGACCUGAAGGCUUGGGACGCUGAGUAUGUCAACGUCGACCAAAACGUACUGUUUGAUCUGAUAUUGGCGGCAAACUAUCUGAAUAUUAAAGGGCUGCUGGACUUGACUUGCCAGAAAGUGGCGGACAUGAUCAAGGGUAAAACUCCGGAGGAGAUUCGAACAUUGUUCAACAUCACCAAUGACUUCACUCCUGAGGAAGAAGAGGAGGUCCGAAGGGAGAACCAAUGGGCCUUGGAAUAG